GUUGUAUGUCUUUGUUUGUAGGGAGCAUUGACAUUAUGGAGAUACAAACCUCUGGGAGACCUAUUGAUACUUUGCUUGAGAAGGUGCUUUGCAUGAACAUCCUCUCUUCUGAUUAUUUUAAAGAGCUUUACAGAUUGAAGACUUACCACGAAGUUAUUGAUGAGAUUUACAAUCAAGUCGAUCAUGUGGAGCCAUGGAUGACCAGCAACUGUCGAGGUCCUUCCAUCACAAUGCUCAUUCCUAGCCCACCCAAAAAAAAAAAAAAAUCCAUGACAAUACUCAUUCCUAGCCCACCCAAAAAAAAUCCAUGACAAUGCUAAUGUGCCCUUUUAUUCUGCUCUCUAACAUGAUAUUUGGUUACUUUUGUCAUAUUUUUUAACAGCUAACUUUUGAUGCCUCCUGGUAAUGCUCCACCUUUCAAAAUCUAUCUUGGGAGCAUCAAAGACCAAACUCAAAUAUAUUACUGAGACAAGGUAAUACACAAACAGAGAAAGCGCUUAAAGAGAGGGCAUUACAGGAAAACUUAAAAGAAGAUGAAUAAAGCGUUUUGAUUAUGGACGGAAUGACCAGGUCCCUGAUGUUGGUUCGAUCUCUAGAAAUUCAAUGGAUGAAGUUCGUUCUCUUCCUACUAAGGGUGGAAUUUUUGGCCCCAACCCAAGAACCUGAUAAUACCCGAUUCGAUUUGGGUAGGGUAAUAGUUUUGAUGCCUUGCACAAAAGAACUUUCAGAUAGGGAACAUCACGACAAAAGCCAAGCUGAUUUUCUCUCUUUUAAUAGAGGGCUAAUGGCUGGUAGCCAAUCGGCUCCAAUUUUAACUGAAAAGAAGCUCGAAUCCUCAGAAAGAGUAAAGGAGUUGCGUCCUUCCUCGACAAAGAAGUUUCACACUUAUGUCCUUCCCACUCCAGGUGACACCCACAGCGCUUCUUUAUCAGGACCAAUCAAUCCAGACCGUCAAUCUCAGCCGACGCAACUAUGGCACACGUCUCCUCUCCACCCAAGUAUGUUCACAAAGGAUUCGAGAGAAAAUGAAACACCACCUCACACAAGAACACCCAAAGAACAGUCCGUUCUCAGAGAGAGCAACAUUAAUAGUUGGCCGACGAUAUUAUCUCAAUUCUCAUAGAAAAUUACCUGCCUUACUUUGAUCACAGUUAGAUCUCAUAUCUUUCACAGUAAGCAACUAAACUACAUGGUCUUAGAAUUUCACCAACUUCGGCAUUGAGCUGUUGAAACAUUUAAUUGAACUAUUGUAGUCCUGGAAAUCUUGAUUCACCUUUUAUUUUUUUUCAUGUUUAUGAGAAAAGAUAGUUUUGGUUUUUCUGUAUGUUUUCUAAUAUAGUUGUGUUAGAGUCUUAUCAGUUUCU